UGAAACGUUACGGUCGGCCAACCGAUUUUCCUCUGACAAACCCGGAAGUUGUUUGUCUGUCUGUUUCCCUCUGGCUAGAAGCAGGCAGGCGAGCAGCUCCUGUGACUGUAACCUCUCCAUUUUGUUGAAUAAAGUCCGCUUCAGCCUCCGAGCUCACCAUCUCCCCAGGUGUGAGUGUUAGUAAGGUGUGUGCAUGUGUGUGUGGAUUGAGUGUGUUUUGGGGUGAUGUACUGUACGUACCAGGAUCGGAAGGAGUUGGAGGAUGAUCUCUAUCAAGAGGAUGAAGGGGACUCUGAGGGGUCAGAGGCCAACAGCGAGCUGGAGUUCCACCUCUACAGCCAGCUCCACUACUCUUCUAAUGCCGGGGUGUUAGAGGAGCAGGAGGAUAGAGGAGGAGAGAAGGCGGAGGGCCAGAACAGCCAGCAGCUUGAGGUGCCUGAGAAGACUGUAGAUGUUGACGGAGAACAGGAACAGACUGGACAAAGUAGGCCUUCGUCACCUGAUUUGAGCGAGUUACUGCAGCACCUGAAGAACAAGAAGGGAGAGAAAUCUGAUAAACAGAAGAAGGGGAGAAGUGACCCUAAAGGUCAGAGGUCGUCAUCAUCAUUUUUUGAGGAGGUCAUUGUGAUUGACUCCAGCCCUGAUGUCAUCUCCAUCUCUGAUGAUGACACUACCGAUGAUGAUAAAGGGGUCUGCGCAUUAAAGGGCCGAGGCUUAAACCAGCGGCAGACUUCUACCCCGGCCCAACAGGGAACCCAGAAAAGGAGUCUCCGUGUGCCAGUGACUGUGAACUCCAGCAGCUCCGAGUCAGAUUCAGAAGAGUCGGAAUCAAAGUCUGAGUCGUCAGAUUCCUCCGAUUCUGAUGGUCUGGAGAACUGGAUGAUCCUGGGUCGAGGGAAGCAGGAUGGAGACCAGUCCAUCUCACUCAACCUAGAGGGAGGGUCUGACAGCAACACAGAUGUUGAAGAAAGAAGCGGGGAGACGGGGAGAAAAUGGAGGAUGUUUGCAAGUCGACGAGCAUGACCAACUCCCUCAACCAAAUCUCCGGAUAUUUAU